UUGCAUUUGGGGUGUUCCUAUAUUUAUUCCUAGCCUUGAAGCUAGGGAGGACUGUCACUCCGCUCCACAUAUUUUGCGACUCUGCACUUGCCAUCCCCCCUUUUCCCGAGAAACGGGGGAGAAUCUUUCCACGGGGAUUCGAGUUUUGCGGGUGAAAAUGGGAGUGUUUGAAAAACCCUUUGAAAAUCAAAUCGGCGUCCGAGGAACAAACGAGCAGCGACUUUUUACGAAAGGUUGAAGCAAUGGAUAGAAAUUUUAGACCCCUUCGUCGUAUUUACACGUGAGGCGGACAUUAAUGCAUCAAGAGAUCUUUUACUGAAUACUGGAGAAAAUGUAAUGUCUUCACAAGAUAAAAAGGUCAGAGAUGCCUGGAAAAUAAGUCUGAGCUGUGUGAAUUCCAGCACUGGUGAUACAAUUCCAUUCUACUUUAGAGGAGGAGGUUUUGUGUGUAUUUCUGCUUCAUUGGCUGCAAUUGCUUCCUUGCCAUACAAAACAUUUUUCUCAUCGUUUUCUCGGCAGUUUGUUUUCCAUGCAUAUAUUGGUGGAUUCAGUUUGGCAAACAGGAAUUCUGUAAAAAGACCAUUGAAGAAUGGUGAGAAAAAUAAAUUUCCAUGGAAACAGGCAUUUCUGUCUGUUGGAAGCACCCCAGGUUUGGCCUUAAUAGGAACUCUCCCACAAUAUGUUAUAGAGAGUAAAAAGUCACUAAAUACUCCAGGGCAUUUCUUCAGCAAGUUCAUGGCAAGUGCUUUUUUUGGUGUUCUCUGUGCAUGCAAUGUGUUCGCAGUCAGGAACUGGGAACGUGACAAUGGGAUUAAGGUCAUGCAUAGCACGGGUGAAGUUAUUGGAAUGUCUCAAGUGGCAGGGAAAAAAGCUGUAAGAGAAACAGCAUUAUCCAGGGGUAUACUCUUUGGCGUGCCAAUGAUUAUUUCUGAAACUACUGUGUAUCUCAUAAAUCGCAGAAGAGUUUUACCACAACCAUCAAUGUUUUUGAGAGUGUUCCUGGUAUAUUUUUUCUGUUGGUUAAUACUGCCCAUUUCAUUCAGUUGGACUCCACAGUUAAGAGAGAUAAAGCGAAAUGAGCUUGAGCCUGAUCUUGUCUCUUCCACUAAAGAAACGACGUUUUUUUUUUAUAGGGGAGUUUAAUAAAAACCUUGAUGGUUUUCUAGGAUUGCCAUUCUUAUAAUGAUGAAGGCGGCUUUUAUGCAUAAAAGAGGAACUCUGGUAAUAAAGUGAAAGUUGGUCUGAAGUAUUUUGAAUCAACUGUAACAAAAAACUAAAACUAAUUGGGGGUGGGAUGGAAAAUAAUCAUGUUCUUAUUAAUACUUCUCUGUACAGAAAGGAUUUGGUUUUGUGAUCUACUUAUGCAGAAUAAUAAAAAGGCCGUUAUUCAAAAAAA